AUGGGGCAGAGGUGCAUGGAGAAGGUGUCGUCCUUCCUCUUCGAGUAUGACACCCCGCGCAUGGUGCUGGUGCGCAACAAGAAGGUGGGACUCACCUUUCGCCUCAUCCAGCUCGUCGUCCUCACCUACAUCAUCGGGUGGGUUUUCCUCUACGAGAAGGGCUACCAGUCGCAGGACUCCAUCGUCAGCUCGGUUUCGGUGAAGCUCAAGGGGCUGACGCUGACCAACGAGAGCCGCCUGGGCCCCCACAUCUGGGACGUGGUGGACUACGUCUUCCCGCCUCAGGGCGACAACUCUUUUGUGGUGAUGACCAACUUCAUUAUCACCCCUGGACAGAAGCAAGGAACAUGCCCUGAGCUGCCGGAGGCUGGGCUCUGCGAGCGGGACAGCGACUGCAGCCAGGGCAAGUACAGCCGCCAGGGACAAGGGCUCAUGACUGGCAAGUGUGUGAGUUUCAACAACUCUGUGAAGACCUGCGAGAUCUUUGGCUGGUGUCCUGUCGAAGUAGACUAUCACGUUCCUAACCCUGCCUUGCUGAUGGAAGCAGAAAAUUUCACCUUAUUCAUCAAGAACAGCAUCACCUUCCCCAAGUUUAAGGUGUCCAGGCGCAACUUAGUUGAGAGCGUCACCAAGCAGUACCUGAAGAAAUGCACAUACCACAAAGUCACGGACUCCUUAUGUCCCGUGUUUGACCUGGGAUACAUAGUGAAAGAAUCGGGGCAAAAUUUCACCCUCCUGGCUGUUAAGGGAGGCGUUGUGGGCAUCACCAUAGACUGGAACUGUGACCUCGACUGGCCCAUCCGCCACUGCAAGCCCAUCUAUCAGUUCCACGGCCUCUACAACGACGACAGCAACGUCUCUCCUGGCUUCAACUUCAGAUACGCCAAAUACUACAAGGAGGAUGGAAUGGACAAGAGGACUCUGUACAAGGUCUUCGGGAUCCGCUUUGACAUCCUGGUGAACGGCAAGGCAGGAAAAUUUGAUAUUAUCCCAACCAUGACCACAAUCGGCUCUGGAAUUGGUAUUUUUGGAGUGGCCUCUGUCCUCUGCGACCUGCUGCUGUUGCAUUUCCUGCAAGGACGGGAUUACUACAAGCAGAAGAAAUUCAAAUAUGCAGAAAAGGAGCCGUCAAAGUCACAUAAGAAGGAGAAGCAGCUGGACAACCAGCAGUGA